CCUCGUAUCCACCUUUUCCCUCCUUUAUUGUCCUCUAGUUCAGCUAUAUAUAGCCUCAAUGGCAGUUCAAGUUCCUAAAAGCAAACCACUUACCAUAAAACCAUCUUACAGUUAUCCAUCAGAGAAAAUGGCCGUUGUCACAAGAUUGGUGAAAGAUAGAGCAGUGGUUAUAUUCAGCAAGAGUUCUUGCUGUAUAUGCCACAGCAUUAAGACGCUAAUAUGUAGCUUUGGGGCAAACCCAACUGUUUAUGAGCUUGAUGAACGCCCAGAUGGUCAGCAAAUUGAGAAGGAACUCAUAGCCUUAGGGUGUAAGCCAAGUGUCCCAGCUGUUUUUAUAGGACAGGAGCUCGUUGGUGGAUCCAAUGAGAUCAUGAGCCUGCAUCUCAAAGGAAAGCUGGUCCCAAUGCUCAUUAAAGAGAGAGCUAUAUGGCUAUAGUACAAAUGCUAUAGCCAUAAACACAGCAUUUUCUUAAGCUCCGGUGGUAGUCCGGUAUACUUGCCAACAAAUAGGAAAGUAUGAAUAAGAGAAUAAACAGAAAGUCAAAUGGCAUUUUAUCUAGCCAUCGAUGUAUGAUAUAUGUAAUUUGUUUGGCCUUAACCCUUUUCUCGGUAAGGCAUUACAAACAUGAGAACGAUAAUGAAUACGAAUUACAGAAUAAGUAGCAA